UUGCAACAAGUGUUUUCAGAAAGCUGGGAGGCUAUAUAUCGUUCUCCUGAAACUUUAAGGACACUCCUUGGAGAAGAGCGGAGAGGCCAGACUUUUACGCACGGCGCGUCUUUGGAUACACGCACCCCAGGGAUCCACUCCACAGAACGGGACUUGGGCAUUCGUGAGAUUUGUGAUCGCAGACAUCGGACAGCAUGGAUGGAUCCAACCGAACUAUGGACCCGAGCUGCAGGCAGCAACCCCCCCUCGCCAUAGAUAUCAUAGUCAAGUUGGACGUCUUUGGUAUCAUCCUGUACUCGCUGCUCACCUUUAUGGCAGCAGUGUCCAUGCUGGUCUUCAUAGAGGAGUGUAUCUACAUCUAUAAGAAAGUUCCAGCCAAUAAGAAGAGUAUAAUCAUCUGGGUGAAUGGAGCAGCACCGGUGAUUGCCACCAUGUCGUGCUUGGGGAUGUGGAUCCCCAGAGCCACUAUGAUCACUGAUAUGACCUCAGCCUGCUACUUUGCCGUUGUGGUAUUUAAGUUCCUCAUCAUGAUGCUGGAGGAGGUGGGCGGCGAUGAGGCCUUCCUAAAGCGAGCGGGGAAACAUAAACUGAAGAUCAGUACAGGGCCGUGCUGCUGCUGCUGCCUUUGCCUGCCGCAUGUGGCCAUCACACGGCGGACGCUCUUUCUGCUCAAACUUGGCUCCUACCAAUUUGCUCUCAUGAAAUUGGUCUUCACCAUCCUUUCUCUUGUCCUCUGGACCAAUGGGACGUUUGACCUAUCUGAUCUGUCUAUUACUGGAGCUGCUAUAUGGAUCAACCCAUUUGUGGGUAUUUUGACGAUCAUAGCUCUGUGGCCUGUUGCCAUCAUGUUCAUGCACCUGAGGACGGUCCUGCGGACAAUUAAGAUUAUUCCCAAGUACGCCAUUUACCAGUUGGUGCUGAUCCUGAGUCAGCUGCAGACGGCUAUCAUCAAUAUUUUGGCAUUGAACGGAACCAUUGCUUGUGCCCCCCCCUUCUCUGCUGCAGCUCGAGGAUACAUGAUGAGUCAGCAGCUGUUGAUCCUGGAGAUGUUCAUCAUCACGCUGGUAGCGCGUCUGCUGUAUCGGCGAGAGUAUGAUCCUUUACCUCAAGAAGUGGAUGACAAUGAAAACAGCAAGAUGAUUGUGGUGGCCCAGUCUGCAUGAGUUUGAUAUGCGUAUAUGUGUGUGUGUGUGUGUGUGUGUGUACUUGUAUAUUUUUUUAUUUUCCCACGUAAAUUCAAGAAAGAGAAUCUACCACUGCUUUCAGCUGCUCCCGGGUACCAUAGCAAAUCACCAGCUUCCAUUUGACCCUGUCUCCUGCAUCUUCUACCUACAUGUUCUCCUUCACUACAUCCAUUAAUCUCCUUUGUUCUUCCUCUUUGCGUGGUAGCUGCAUCGUCAUCCUCCUCCUACCAAUAUACACUCUCCUCUUCAACUCCGAUCCAACCUCCUCAUUGCGCUGAACAGUUGACCCAAAUACUUCACCGUCAGCCUCAUCGUUUUACCUCCCUCUCUUUCAUUCACACUCAUGUAUUGUGUUUUGCUGCAGCUGAAUGUCAUUCCCUGUCAGUGGUUCCAGUUUUAGUUUUAGGAGUUCUGGGUUCUGGUGCCAGUCCCAAGCUUGGAUAAAUGAGGAGGGUCACAUCAUGAACUGAAAACUGCUGCCAAAUUUAUCAUGCAAAUCACGAACGAGGAGGAGAAUACUGUAUAUAAUUGAAUAUAAAUAAAUAUAUGUAUUAUAAUUAAAUUCAUGUUGUUUAUGCUUAUUCACCUGCUUUUUUUGACAUGACAUCUGGAGGGAUCAGGCAAAAAUAACACUUAUGCAUUACAUUAAAACAUUCCUAUUGAUCCAAAAGGCUUAUUGGGCAGGUAAUUUAACCCAUAACAUUAUUACUACUGGCUGAGGGAAGACAGAUAGGUUUAGAUUCAGAGUUUAGAUAGGUGUGUCAAACAUUUAAGCAGUUGCUGAUCCCAGGAGAACUGAUGUAAAACAAGAGUUUCUUUUAAAAUAAAGUAACCAUUUAUUCUGUUUUAAUUUAUUAUUGGAAAUGACAAUAUACGCAAUAUAAAUCUUACUUCAGGAAAUGUCUUGCCAUAUUUGUGUCCAGCUCAUAGACAGCAUGUAAAGGUCUUUCCAGUUUUUGGUCCAGCUGUGAUCUAAAUAAAUAAAUGGUGUUUGAAUGGUGU